AUGGCCGCCUCCUCCUUCCUCCCGCUCCACCUCCCGGCCUCCCCCAGGCCAGCCACCGUGGCCGCGAGGGCAGCCUCGGGCGUCGCGUCGACGGUGCCCGCCGCUACUACGCAGACGUCGCAGCUGGAGGAGACCUUCGGCCGGAAGGGCCUGAGGUUCGGGACGGACGCCACGGGCGCGCCCACGGCGGAGCUGAGCGUGCGCAACGGCAGCUCGCUGCAGCUCCGGCUCAACGACGGGCUGGUCACGUCGUACCGGCCCAAGGUGUCCUGGGAGGGCGGGGACGGCUGCCGGGAGCUGCUGCACACCGUGGCCGGCGCCGGCGCGGUCAAGGGCGGCGUGGGGCUGGUGCUCAACGAGGCCUCCUCCUCGUCGUCGCUGCUCGGCGCGUCGGAGUGGUCCGUGACGGACGUGGACUCGGACUCGUACGACGCGGUGCAGGUGGAGCUCGGGUGCGGCGUGGGCGGCGCCAAGGGGGCCAAGCUGGAGGUGUCGUACGUGGUGACGCUGUACCCGCUGAGCAUGGCGACGGCGGUGAUCGUCAAGAACAACGGGGCCAAGCCGGUGGAGCUGACGGGCGCCGUGCUGAGCCACAUCAAGUUCGACAAGCGGCGGGGCACGGCCGUGGAGGGGCUCCGCGGCUGCCCCUACUGCUCCCACCCGCCGCCGGCGUCCGGGUUCGCGCUGCUCACCCCCGCCGAGGCCAUGAAGCGGGAGGAGUCCGGGUGGUUUGGCGGCGGCGGCGGGGAGGAGCCGAGGCAGGGCGCCUGGACCGUGGAGGAGAACCUCUACACCAUCCUCAAGAAGAAGGUGAGCAGGGUGUACGCGGCGCCGCCGGAGGAGAGGAAGAAGCGCAUCUACAGCACCGCGCCCUCCAAGUUCACCACCAUCGACCAGUCUAGCGGGCUCGGGUUCAGGCUUGUGAGGAUGGGGUUCGAGGACCUGUACCUGAGCAGCCCGGGAGGAUUGUACGAGAAGUUCGGCAACGACUACUUCCUCUGCACCGGGCCGGCGUCCAUCCUCGUGCCCGUCGUCGUUGGCCCCGGCGAGGAGUGGAGGGGGGCGCAGGUCAUCGAGCACGACAACUUGUAA